AUGACCAGCCCUCUGUCCGUCCGAGACGAUUCGGCGGUAUCUCCCACGUCCGACCAACCACCGCCCAUCUCGGAACGCGUCGUACGCGCUGGUAUCGGCCUUGCGAAAUUGGCAAGAUCGCCGUCCACCGGUAGUUUGAACGGCCUGCUGUCCUUGGUCAACGACUCGACGGCUACCGAGCAACGUUUCAGAAUUUGCACCCACUGCGCCAAUCUCCUCGACGCGAGGGAAAAACGGAGAGCCAGGCGUCUCGACCAGCCGACGGUGUGUCGAUUUUACGACGAGAUGAGAGCGUGCAUGAAAGAAGCCUCGCAACGCGUCCAAACGUACGACGAAAUGUGGCGAUCCUUCGAGUACGUGACCCGAUUGUCGCGAAGCGCGUACGUUCGCCGGGGAGAAUCCACCUACCGCUUGGAAGACGCUCGAGCUUUGAGAACCAAGAUCGCAAAGUUGGCCGAGAGCAUAGAUUCCAUCAGCGAGAGAAUCUCGCUACUCGGGACGAGAUGCGUGGAGAAUCCCCCGCAGGAUCGACAACUCCGACUGCAUCGUAUGGUCAGAGCGUCGGCGAUGAUCUUCUUGAAGGAAGAGUUGUCGAGCGUGCGAGCUUUGCCUUCGGAAGAGAGAUACGCGCAACUCCGAAGAGAACGACGAACCCGCGUCGAAGCUAGAAUCGCGUACGAGAGACGAUUGGAGGAGGAACGGCGGAGGGAAACGGCAACGAGAGAGCAACGCGGUAAAAGAGACACCUGCAAUCUCGAGAUUCGACCCGUUGCGAGAGAGAAUCAGGUGACGCUAAUCUCUUGCCGAUCGACGAAACCAACGAACGUUCCGUCUUCUUUGUUUCUCCCGAACGUGGUGCUGGAUCGGUCGCAGGGUUGGGGUCCUUCCACCGUUGCUCCUGCGAUGCCUUCUUCCACGGACCCCGUGAUCCAGCAAAUGAGCAACCUUCGAGCCUACGUCGAGCAAGCCAGAGCGGAUUGCAGGUACGACGAGGUUGCAACGUUGGAGAGCAAUCUGAAGGAGCUUCGAAGCGUCUAUUUCGCGAUGAAGCGGAGCAACGACAGCGACGAAUAG